GACUGUAGCGCUUCGGCUGAUUCUGACAGCAGACACUGAAAGGACUCUGACAGUUCAGUUUCAGUGUGUAUGUAAGCAGCUAUAACUCUCCAGCUUGACCUGUCAAUGAUCCUGAGAGCCUGAGACUGGUGCUUCGUCUGUCCCUCUGUUCAGGAUCGCCUCUCGAUUCCCCAGAAAGAACUGUAGGACAUCUGGAUCGAACUGCUUCAAAUAGACCACAAAAAUGGAGAGUGAAGAGGAGGAGGAAGAAGAGGGAGGAUUUACUCCACGGAUGUUUCAUGAAAACCGAAACUGAAAACAAACUCGGUGUGAAGCCAGAGAGACUGCAGCAACACAACUCAGCACCGCCGUUCUCAGGCUGAAUUAUGGUGGUACAGGACGGUUUGACGCCACGUAAAGAUGAAACCAGAGGGAAGUCGAGUCCUCCACGUCUCACACCGGCGAGACAACGGCAGAAAGUGAAGCAGCAACCAUCAGAGGAAUCCUCCCUAGUGGUCGAACAGUCAGUCUCCAUCUCCCCAGAACUCGCCAGCUUGAUCAAACGCAAAGCCAAAGACCUGAAGAUCAGGCAGACGGACCGCCGCUGGGCUGCUGAGGUCGUCAACGAUUUCCGUGAAAACCUGCUGAGGUUCCUGAGGAGCUGCACUGAUCAGCCGUUAUUCCAGUCUGCAGACUUCCUCACCACCGGCAGCUACUUUGAGAAAGUGAAGAUCCACAGCCCUGACGAGUUCGACAUGAUGCUGAAGCUUCAGGUGCCGAAUCGUCUCACCAUGACGGAGCUGGACGGCGGCCUCUUCUACCGGAUCGACCUCAUCCGGACCACACGGACCCACAUACAGGCCUUUCUGCUGGAGAACCAGCGAACCCUGUCGUCCAGCAAAGUCCUGAAUGAGACGUACCGCCUGGUCCGCAAGUUCCUCAAGAACUACAAAGUCCCUGAUGAAUGCUGUCGCUGGGAGGUGAACAGGAAGAAUCCGUACUGUCCUGCCGUCACUUUGUCUCUGUGCAGAACUGACAAGAACAGCGAUGAGCUGAUCUCUGUGGACGUGGUUCCGUCUCUGGAGGUUCAGGGCUGGCCGGUUCCCGUCCGCAACGGUCCAGAUGUUGAGAACUGGUUGGGAAAGAAGGUUCGCCAAGAAAUCCGAGGUUUGCCGUGUUACUUUGUGCCAAAGAGGCUGAAAGGACGAAACCUCAGCGAAGAUGCCAAAGAGAGUUGGAGGAUUUCGUUCUCUCACAUCGAGAAGAAAAUGAUCACGUCUCACGGCAACAAGAAAACCUGCUGUGAGAGCAAUGCCACCAAAUGCUGCCGAAAGCAGUGCUUAAAGCUCCUCAAAUCUCUGAUUGAGGGUCUGAAACAGCGUUUUCCCAAAGAGCUGGAGGAUCUGUGCUCGUACCACGGGAAGACCGUCUUCCUCCACACGCUGUCUUCCAGGUUUGAGGACUCCAUGUGGGCUUGUGAGCUGCUUCCCUCCUGCUUCCUGCAGCUCGUCUCGGCUCUGGAGGAUCACGCUCGCAGAGGCGUCCUUCCUCACUUCUUUGUCCCUGAAUGCAACCUCUUCUCUCCGGCCAUCUUCCCUCGCAGAGCGCUGGCGUUCCUGGUCAACGCUCUGGAGGAGCAGCAGAGGGAAGGUCUGCCGCUGCUGAAGCAUCCACUUCCUGUUGCACGUCUGAGACCAGAAACCAUCUCAGCUGAAGUCUUCACUGAGGAUGACGAUCAGUCUGCAGCUGUGAGCUCUGCUGUCAUGACUCAACUGGUCCUUCUGUUUGCUAUGGUUUUGUUUGGUCUCUCAUUUCUCAUCCAAUCAAUGUGAAAUGACAAUAAACAGAGAAGAUGUUAGACAUAAAUAAGGUGAAAUAAACAGUUUAAUGUCAUAUUUAUUUCAGUCACCCUGCAGGAGACAUAAAUAUGAACUGAGCCAUCGCUGUGGAUCUCAUUUUCUUCUAAUUCCCAAAUAAUGAUAUUAAUAGUACAGUUAUAUUUCACUGUUUUAAAAAUGCUUUCCACGUUGAUUUUAGAAUUUUUAUCAUGGUUUGCCUUCAGUACAAAGUAUUUAUGAAUUUUUCAACAUGAGUAAUUAUUAAUUGAGCAGCUUUUAAAGAAAGAAAAAAAUCUGAAACUUUUAAACCUCUUUUUAAAAAAUUUAGAUCCCAUUUUUUCUUUUUUUCAUUACUUAUUUCAGAUCACCAAUAAAAUUCCCGCAUGUAAAAAUCUUCUAUUCUAAAUAGUUUUGCUCUGUUAAUUUAAUUUGACCUUUUUAAAAAAAAAAAAAAAAAAAAAAAAAAGUAUUUUGGUACUGGUGGAGGGUUUUAUUGAAGUACUUUUCAGUGUACGGUGAGAUCUUAUAACAUGAAUAAUCAAAUAAAAGUCUUAAUUUAA